CGGCUUUCCUUGAAUGUCUUUCAGUCUUUUUGCGUCCGUUGUGUAGUAAGGUCUGUAUUGUGUUAUAAUGGUUGAAAAAAUACUGCUACAAAACGGAAUAAAAUGCGAUUUUACGGACUGCUCGAACACAGCCAGAAAUAACUGUUACGCAUGGCUACAUGAAGACAGCGAGACCAGGCGGGACACUGAGCGAUCUGUGACACUGAGCGAUCUUUCCAAUAGGCGUAGCAGCCAUCCCUAAUGUUUGCGUCCUGUGUAUCAUCACUGAGUGGGAAAUGAUGGCGACGGCUAGUCCGGGUUACCGGGAAGGAGGUUGGGGCUGGGCGGUCGUUCUGGCCUGCUUCGUGACUGAGUUCAUCGUCUACGCCAAUUUGAAAGCUCUGGGAGUUCUAAUCACUUCUAUGAAGGAGGAUUUCGGUACGGAGUUGUGGGUCGUCGGCUCCAUAGUCUCGCUACAUUAUGCAGCACAGUACACCCUGUCACCUUUUGCUGCUGCUCUGGCACGCCACUUUAGCGUUCGCUCCUUGAUUCUUGUUGGCGGUGCACUCUACGGAGUUGGUCUGGUGGUGUCUGCUUUGACACACAGUGUCACCAUCAUGGCUCUUGCACUUGUGGUUAUCGCUGGGGCAGGGGCAGCGACUACGGAGGAGAUGACCCUUGCCGAACUUGCUUUUUACUUCCGUGAGAAGUAUCCUUUAGCAGGUUUCAUCGCGCUUACCGGGGCUCCUGUUGGUAUGAUGUUGUUCGGCCCAAUAACCCAAGUUCUCGUGGACACGUAUGGAUGGCGAGGGGCAAUGCUUCUGCUAGGAGGGUUUGGUUUCCAUCUUGUUGUAGGAGGCAUGUUGGUACGUAGGCCGGCAGCUUUGUAUCAAGAAGUCCCCGACCGCGAGGAGCAACUCGCAAUAGACAGUACUGACUGUCCUGGUAAAUCUACGGAGGAAGUCAAACCAACUAAGUCCAAGAUAUCCAACCUAUGGAAUUCAGUUGUCUCAGCGCUGUUUCUCAAUGUCUUCGUGAGUGCUGAAUUCAUGAUUGUAGCAACUGUACGAAUGAUGUACAGUAUUGCAUACGGUGGUAUGGUUGUCUACAUAGUACCUAAUGGCCUGGCGCUUGGUCUGAGCACCAGAGAGGCAUCAUUCCUGCCUACAGCGUGGGGGGUUGGGAACCUGGCUGGACUGGUUCUGUCGGCUUUGGCUUUGCAUGUUAAAUUGGUUUCGGUCCGUAGCGCUGAAGGAAUAGCUGCAGGCGUAGCCGCAGUAGGAUUAGCCCUGGAACCCUUCGUCUCUCCAUUCGUGGGUCAGAUUCUCACUACGUUCAUCGUGGGAGCUGGAAUGGGUGGCGCUAUCGAGGGGAUACUUGUCAUGACGAGGUGUCUACCUUUUGGUGACGACAAACUUUUCAGUGUGUUUGGCUGGCAAACAUUUCUGAGUGGAGUAGCUUCUUCCAUUGGAGAUACUCUAUCAGGUUGGCUUUCUGAUGCGACUGGGAGUUUGCACGCAGCAUUCUUCUUUUACAGUACUGCCAUGGCAGCGAUAUUACUGUGUCUUCUUGUAGAUGUCAUUCGCAUCAUUGCCACUACCGGAUCUUCCAAGAAACGUGGGCUUAUGGUUCUAAUGCCUUCACUCUUUAAGAGAGACUCAAGUACAGGCUUCGAAAGAAUGCCGAUUCAACUGAAUACAAAUUCAAGACAAUGAUUAUAUAGUUUAAAUCCUUAAAGUUAAAUUGUAGUCCAGUUGGAGUUAAAGAAUUAAACUUUUGGGAUGACACCAGGACAAUGCACACUCAUGUUUAUGUACGCAUGCACUAAUGUUCAGAUGUUACACAACAUAAAUUUGUAGCCUACUUUAGAAAAA